UCAUGGACCUUGCAUUAUACAAACGCCCCCAAACAACGCCAGCCUUCAGGCCCAACCACAAGAUUCUUUGUGAAACUGGCGCUCGAGAUAAGAAGCGAGGUACUUCCUCUUCUGUGAGCGCUGAGAAGGCCUCCAAAAGGGUGAGGGGCAAGGGCUGCGCAUCUUCAGGGAACGCUUAUCGAGAAGGAUUCUCAGAUUGUUCUUCCUGCUGUCUCAGCGUUAUGAGAAUAAAAUGUUUGUCCCUGCUACUGGCUCUCAGCAUCCUGUUGGCUGUGUCAGGAUCAGAAGCACAAAAUUCUGGAGCUCACUGCCCUCCAUGCCCUGCAGAUGCCCUCUGCCACAACCGCACCCACUGUGUCUGUAUGGAUGGAUUCCAGUCUCGUUCUGGGAGGAAAUACUUCACUGGGACCAAGGACAAAUGUGAAGAUAUCGAUGAGUGUAAGACCGGGCAGGCAAAGUGCAAGGACAAGUCAUUCUGUAAAAACAGAAUUGGAAGCUACAUCUGCAGCUGUCUGAUCAGUCGUCUGCUCUUCUGGGCAGCUCGUUUCAUUGACAUGGAUCGUCCAGAAUGUUAUGAGAAUCCAGCACAGAAGACACCACCACAAGAGAAUGUUUGGGAACUUCUAGCAGAAAAUGUGAGCAAAAAGGAAAUUGCAAGAUGGGCUACCAAACUACUGCAUCAUGUGGAAAUGACUAUAUGGAAUCAGAGUUUUGCUUCUCCAGGAAAGGGCAAUAACACUGAACUUAACAUAGUCUAUGAAACCAAGAAGUGUCAUGAGAAGACCUUUCUGGAAGCUGGCAAUAACACCAUGAGUAUCAACUGUGCUGAUGCUUUCAAAGGAGCCAGAGAAGCUGUGAGCACAGUUGCUCUUAUCACGUAUCAGUCUCUUGGGAAUACUCUGAACGGAUCCUUUUUUAAUAAUUCAAGAGGAAAGCGAGGGGUAAAGCUGAACUCUCGUGUUGUGAGUGGCACAGUUGGUUUGCAAGACAAGGUUUACCUGUCUGAACCCGUGUCCCUGACUUUUCAACAUACUCAGCCUGGAGUUGAGAAUGCUCAGCACUUCUGUGUCUUCUGGGAAGGAUCAGAGGAAGGGGGCAGCUGGUCAACAGAGGGCUGCCUUCACGUGGGCAGCAGUGAUUCUUACACCACGUGCAAGUGCCACCACCUGUCCAGCUUUGCUGUCCUCAUGGCCCUGAGCCCCAAGGAGGACCCCGUGCUGAAGGCGAUCACCUACGGGGGGCUGAGCCUCUCUCUGCUGUGCCUCGUGCUAGCGGCCCUCACCUUCGUCCUGUGCCGACCCAUCCAGAACACCGGCACCACCUUGCACCUGCACCUCGCUCUCUGCCUCCUCCUGGCCCACUGCGUCUUCCUCAUUGGCAUCAAAAGAACAGAGCCUCAGAUCCUGUGCUCCGUCACUGCAGGGCUGCUGCACUACCUCUACCUGGCCGCCUUCACCUGGAUGCUCCUGGAGGGGCUGCACCUCUUCCUCACUGUCCGGAACCUCAAGGUGGCCAACUACACCAGCGCAAGCAGACUCCAGAAGCGGUUCAUGUACCCUCUGGGCUACGGCAUCCCAGCUGCGAUUGUCACUGUGUGCGCGAUAGUCGGACACAAAAAUUAUGGAACAAGUACUCACUGCUGGCUCAGAGUCGAUAAAGGAUUCCUCUGGGGCUUCCUGGGCCCGGUGGCAGUCAUCAUCUCGAUAAACUUUGUGUUCUAUUUCCAAGUUCUGUGGAUUCUGAGAAGCAAACUUUCCUCCCUCAAUAAAGAAGUCUCUACCAUUCAGGACACCAGAGUCAUGACAUUCAAAGCCAUUGCUCAGUUCUUCCUCCUGGGCUGUUCUUGGGGGCUUGGAUUUUUCCUGGUUGAAGGAGUAGGGGAGACAGUUGGAUCCGUCAUCGCCUACUUAUUCACCAUCAUCAAUGUCCUGCAGGGGGUUCUGCUCUUUGUGGUGCACUGUCUUCUGAAUCACCAGGUGCGAAUGGAAUACAAGAAGUGGUUUGGUGGGGUGUGGAAAGGUGUCGGCACCGACAGUGCCGAUAUGUCUCGCUCUACUACCCACACCAAGAUGUAGGCAGCAAGGAGAUCAUCAGAAUGUGCUCACGGAAGAGCCCUUACGUCACCCAGCUCCUGACCCGCCUCCGCGCCUCAGCCAAGGACGAGGACUGAAAGCUGACCUGGGCCUCAGCGCUGCCCCCCUGUGGUCAUGUACGGAGUGGACCGUCACUCUUGGGUCUUUCCUGUGAACCAUAAAGACCUGUCCACUUCGGCUAUUUUAAAAAUAACUUCAUUAUUAUUAUUAACACACAUUAAUUGUAAAAAUUACUGAGCUUUACUGUGACAUUUCCAUACAUCUAUGUAUCGUGCUUCGACCCUUUUAACCACCCCUUCUACGCGCUCCUGUCUUCCCUUCCCUUCUCCUUUCCCAAGGACGUCUUCCCGCUUCCUAACUGUCCCUCUUCCAUUUUCAGAUCAUAUUUAUUUUCCUGUCUCCACACAGGAGCAAGGUCAUGUGAUGCUUGCCGUUGUAUAUCGGGCUUAUUUUGCUUACUAUAACGUCCUUCAGUUCUAUCAAUGUUCCUGCAAAUGACAUGAUUUAUUCCUUUAUGAGUGAUAUUUGCUUUGUCCAUUUAUCCGUUGAUGAGUACCUAGGCGGAAUUCAUAUAUUGAUUAUUGUGAAUAGUGCUGCAAUAAAUGCGGAUGUA